GCCGGCCGCGACACUGCACGUCGUUCGGCGCCGCAACGGGACCAUGAAGGUGGUGCAGCUGGUGGCGGUGUUGCUGGCGGUGGUGGCUGGCGGGCGCGCGGGCCUGCUGCGCGUGCCGCGCGUCUACAACGCGCUCAUCUCGACCAACCAGCGGCUGGCGCCGAGCCGCGCCGACACCGUCUCGCUGCCCGUGGUGGGGCCGGUGGCGCUGCUGCCCGCCGCCGCCAUCGUCGCCGAGGAGGCGGCGCCGCCCCCGGCCGCCAAGAACGCCUCGGAGGCGGAGGCGGCGGCCAACCACACGGCGGCCGCGCUCGUGGCGCCGCUCGCCGUCUACAGCCCGUACUACUACUCGGCGUACUCGUACCACUACAACCCGUACCUGGUGCCGCCGCUGCUGCACUACGGCUACAACUACCUGCCGCUGCCGCUGACGGUGCCCGUCCCGCUCGCCGUCGCCCACCCCGCGCCGGGGGCGGCGGACAAGCCCGACCAGAAGAGCGGCGGCGACGCCAAGGCCGAUGCCGACAAGGAGUCCGUCACCGUGGAGGCCAACUGAGGCCGCCGAGCCCCGCCACCCCCGAACCACCGCUCCAGGCUUUCCGACUUGACCUCCCACAAACUUACCGUCCACCGUCGACCGUAGAAAAAGCGCGUCGGUACCCGGAACCACCAGCAGCCACACCGUUUUGGAGUGUCAUCACCUGUCAGGAGAACACUUUGCGAUUAGCUACCGUAUGGUCAGGAAGGCGUCCAUUUCAACGUGUCACCCCUCACCCCCAUACGUGUUAAUUGGAAGAAAAUUGGGAGAUCUCUGUGAAUAUGCAGGUCCCACACUCAUUGUAGGUGCAAUAUUUACCCAACGGGACACACAGUGGACCAACAACCUCUGCAGUCGUUCAGUCUCUGUACCGCAAAAAACUUCCAUUAGUGGGCCACACACUCGAUUAUAUUUUAUCUGAGACACCCAGUAUUUUAAAAUUGCCUGGAAAUCUGCCUGCUGAAGCUGCCUUCCUACCGAUCGAAGUUCCAGUCGACCAAAACAUUUGAGAUACUUACUUUUUGUGUGAAGCAAAAUGCAGUCUGUAAUUUCCGCCGGAGUGCCUACUGAACAUCAGCCUUUCUGCCACUCAAAACUUCCGGCGCAGGGCCAAAUAUGUUAAUACUAUCCAAUCUUAUGGGAGACUGUCAGUAAUCUGCAAUUACCGUUGGAAAUGCUCUCUGAAGUUCAGAUUUCGUGCCAUGCGAUAGCUCCGCAAGUGGGCUAAAAACGUUGAGGUAAUUACUUCUUAUGCCAGACACUCUACUCUGUAGUUAGAACGGAAAAUCCCUGCUCAAGGUCUGCAUUUCUGCCAUCUAAAAAUUCCGUCAGUGGACCAAAAAUGUAUACAUCUUGCGUGAAAUACUCCGGAGAAGCGUUGCUGUCUUGUUCAAGGAGGCAUACCAAAGUCUGCAGCCAAUUAUGCCACGACGUCUCCGCUCCCAGACGCCAUCAAAAUGAAAACUGAUGCACAACGAUUUACAAAUACUUAUAGCGAUCACCAAAAUCUCUCCAAGUUGAAGAACAUCGUAUUAACGACACGUUUAAUUACUUUUGCAGGAUAAAAGAAAACAUCAGUUCAAAAAGGCAGUGUUUAAUAUUGUAUCUGUAGACUGAUGAAAUUCACCAUGUGACGUGCCUUUACCACAGGAAUAUUAUUCUGUGCAAAGUUAAAGACACUAAAGCUGGACUGUAUCUGCUAAAAGUGAAAUCGAGUCUUCACAAGGAAAGUAAUUACAUCUCAACUGUUUCUGUCCAGAGCAUCCAAACGUUUCUCCUGUAUGGGGUGAAUGAAAUUAAAGAAAAGCGUCAAUUUUUUAAAAAUCUGCAUGAUUGUAACUAUUAAUUCCGCCUUCAGUGAUAAAUAAAUUUGACUGUAAAUACACUGGAAUACAGUGGCAUGUGUUUUGCAAUAUCCGCAAUGGAUAAGCUUAACAAAUAAAUUUACUUCCAAUGCUGUGGAAUAAAUCCGCGGUUUUUAAUGCCUGUCAUGGCUGGUACAAAAUUUUAAUCAGUUAUGUUUGAUAUAUCCAGUGUUUCUUAUACACCGAAGUUAUUAGUGGCUGACGAUGGAAUUUACAUGCACAUACAUCUGAAGUAUUACAGUCACAGUUUUGCCAAAUGUAAUGGAGAAAGUAAAAUGGCGAAAUAGAUUCACUGAGGAUAAGCUUCAACCAGUCGCCGAUCCAUAACACAUGACGCUCCACUGAUGACAGGCGAACAGUAGUGAAAAAUUAGGAGCGGUACUGACUUGCACAACAUCUCUUCUGCUACAAGUGUACGUCGUGUUGCAAAGACACACUCUGCGCGUAUUAAGCGAGUGAAUGUUGAAAUCUGUAGCCAGGAUACUCGCCAGUCGCGGGGCAGCAACAUGGAACCACUAGUGCGUUGUCCAACAUUCGAAACCUCGACCUCCGCAAGAAAAGUCCGCCGGCGAGACCCCGAUUGUGGUCUCUGGGUCGCUUCCAGCACCACGACCUCUGCACCAUCGCUUCCGGUCCUAUGAGCAAUCUACGGAGCCAAUGAGGAGAGUCACUGAGCUAUUUUCUUUCGAUUAUAAGUUUACUUUGCUCUCUCUCAUGUUCUUUUAUAUACACGUCUUUCCCACUUUAAAUGUUUACAGAUAUCAUGAUCUCUCUCUCUCUCUCUCUCUUUCUCUCUCUCUCUCUCUCUCUAUCUCUCUCUCUCUCCCUCUCCCUCCCUCCUUCCUCUUCUUCUUUUUCUUCUUGCGCUAUAGUCUUGCACGUAGCACUUUCUCAUCAUUUUUCCUUGUUACUUCUUUUUCCUUCAGUAUUCCUCCACUGUUUGACAUUCGUGUUUCUUUUUCUCCACUCGUUAGGCCACUUCCUCCCUGUUUCGCUUCCUGCCUUGGAAAACUUCCAUUUUUAAAGCUUCCCUACGGAAUAUUUCCUUUUCCAUAACGUCUUCUUCUCCUGUAUUGGUUCUUCCAACUUUUUUUUUUUUUUUGCUGCUUCAAUCCAUGUGGUUGUUGACUUCAUCUUGCCAAUGAAAUUUCAAGUCUUUUGGGUUAGUCUGUUAGUCUGUUGUCAUCCAUUCUGUAAAUAUGUCCAAAUAAUAGCAAUCUCCACAUCCUUAUUGCUCUGGCAUCUUACCCUUGUUCAGAUAAACUCCAUUACUUCUCCUUAAUUUCCAAACAUUCGAAGUUUCCUCUUCGUUUCUAUUUUUUUUUCCUUUCCUUUUUUUGUAGUCAUCGGCUUUCGAUUCUUUCUUUUUCUUUUUUUUUUUUUUGAGGAAUCAGGUUUUAGGUUAGCUUAAUGCUUCUGCUAAAUCUUAACGUAAUUACUGCAACCAUCAUUCUCUAUAAUGUGUUUUGCAUACUUUCAGUCUGCUCCUGCUCCUACUGUCUUUCUCCUGUACUGCAUCUUACAGCGAGUAGGUCUAAUGUGUAGCAUUAUUAUUUUGAUUUCUGCUCCUUAUCUUACACGAAAUAUUUUCCCUCUGAUUAUUGGUAAUGUAAAUAAAUGUACUCGGUUGUGUAAAUGCGGUACAAUACUGUAUUUUGUUUGAUGAGUUCUCUCUCUCUCUCUCUCUCUUCUAUCUAUCUCUGUCCAAAGAGGGAUGUACAUGUUCUUCUACGUUACCAUCCUUUUGCAAAGUACUUUUUUGUAUUACAGAUAAUCAAAAAUGUAUGUACUUACUUAUAUGUGAACCGACGCAAGCGUACACAUGACACGGUUUUGGGUAGCGGACUUCAUUUCUUUCCAUCUCGUGCGCAUCAGAACAGAUCUCGCAAAAGUGACUGGUGAUAAUUUUUUUUAUAUAUAUAAAUUUGUGAGUGUCGUUGCUGUUGCAGAAGUCGGGACUAUUGCUGUUCUGCUGCGCCGAGGUGGACUCCGCUCUUCUCAAACCCGUGAGUCUCGCUGUCGGAAAACGACGCACCGAGAGGCGGCUUCGUGGCUUGCAAGGCGUGGGUGGGUGUUAUCUUGCUGGAGCACCAAGUGCUUGCAUGUAACUUGCAUCUAUCUCUGAACUCUUUAACCCACUCUUGGAUUCAUUACUGUUAACGCCAAUAUUCUUUACCAUUCAAGACGGCUCCAUAAUGUUUUAAAUAUGUGUCUCAUAACAUAUGAUACGCUGAAUAAAUACUUCUUUGUUCUCUAUGUUUUGAUAACAUUUUUAACAUUGUGAGUGAACUUUUUGACAACUUCGUUGCUAUUUUGUAACCUUACGUAGCUAUUUUUUCCGUCUUGCUGUUCUUCUUCACUCAUCUUAUUGAGAAAUACUUCUCAUCUUCGUGUCUGUAUACAAUAUCCCUCUCUUUAUUCUGCCAUUUAUAUGUAUCAUACAAACAUUUUGUUCCUGGUAAUUGCCCUGGGAUAUAAUUCCUCUCCAUUAAUGCUGAUUCUAUCUAAAUGCUUGUUUCUCUUCAUACUGUUCUUUCUUUUGUCUUUUGCCUCCACCUUCGCUUUCCUGUGUGUUAACGUCCGAUUUAUCUUAGAUUAAUGUGUUCGCUUGUAACUAAAUACGUCAUACUUCUUUUUCUAUCCCAAAUACUUACUGAUUGUUUUUGUUUUCUCUGUACUACCUUCUUUUAAGGCCAUUCUUUUCUCCUAUUUUUAUCUCUGUUGAAAUGCUUCUAUUUUUAUCUUGGCUAGAAUGCUACAACUAACAUUGCUUCUGUAAUUAAAUUUCAGAAUUUUGAUGUCCUGCACUAACUCUAACAAUUCCAAUAUUAUUCUCUAUCGUAUUUCUACUCCGACAAUAACUCUUUUUCUACUCAUUUAAUUUUUUCCCAAGAAACACUAUUUCUUUGUUUACACGCUUCAGCCCUGGCUGUAUUUAUUUAUCUCACACUGAAUUGCUACCGUUCUCUUAAUGGCACCAUACCCUACUGUCUUUAGUUGACUUUUUUCUGCAUUACCUGCACUAUUUUAAAGAAUGGAUAGAGCAUUCUGACCUAUAAUAUCUUCCGUUGCAGCUGUCCUUUUGCGUAACGUAGUGACCACUCUUAUACUAGAAGCAUUGAACGCUGAAUCUGAUUAGAAUGCACUUUGUGGCUUUAAGGUAGUGCUCGAGAAUUAACGGUGGUGGGGCACGUUGUGUGUGCCGUAGUCUGCCAGUGUUCAAGGGCCGCUCAGCGUGUGGCUUAGGCGGCACACCUACUGUGUCUACUUACUGUAGCGGCAGGUAGAGCAGCCGGGCAGGCGCCGCCAGCGACCUUUCGCAUAUAAACGGAGCCGCGCCGCUUGCUGUUUGCUCGCCAUUGUGGCCGAUCUGAAAGCUGCAAGGCCGUCCUCUCGGUACGUUAUCUGUUCUCGGAACUUGUGUGUUCUACGCUCGGUCUGAGUUCUCGUUUUGUAUGUGUGUUUUUGUUUUGUGCAACAGUUGUCUUUUGUAUCUUGUUUGUGACUGUGCCGCGCAAAUAAAUAAGAAACGGCGAACAGAUACGAAAGGGAAACAAUAAAACAAAAUAAAAAGAAAA